CAUUCUUACAUUGAGCCACGGCUGAAAGAGCACGCUGGGCAAACAAGGGAAGCUUUGCACUUUCUAAUUAACAUCUGGACCAUUGAGGAGAAAAGAGCUGUUUGCGUGCCUCUUUCGGCCUGGCACAGCUUGUGUAUCGAACAGAAGCCUGCCGGCUACAAGCCAGGGGAGAGCGAGGGAGAGGCAGAAGGAGAUAGAGAGAAGAUACUGCUCGCAGACAAAGCCACUGUCCUUUGAAGUUACUGCCAGUGUCUCUCAAACUCGGCCACCAAGCCCACCGCAAGGAAGCUGACGUGUUAAUGGCUCAGUAAACGGGAACGAGUCCGACGCUUCACUGGUCACGUCAACUAGCAGCUUGGAAGCCGCCGCCGUGCUGGUGUUACCCGCUAAGGGGGGGUGCUGAACACGCCUGUCUGUCAUGCAGCCUGCAGCAGCCCUGGCGCUCGUCGUCACCUGCUUCACUUGGACGUCAGCCCUGCUGCAGCACAGACAAACUGCUCAUAAGAGACUGCAGUACCUGCUGGAGCCCCCGGUUUACGCGGAAAUCUUGGUGCGGCGAGGGGCGAGCGUCACUCUGCCAUGUCUGCUGCAAAACAAACUGACCUCGUACAAAGUCAAAUGGACGAAACUGGAGCCGCUGUCGCCUGGAGUUGAAAACAUCAUCCUGAUCAGCAACGGGCUCGCACAGAAGGGCUACGGACCGCUGGGACCCCGGGCCUCGUUACGGCGGGCUCACGCUCUGGAUGUCUCCUUACGCAUCGCGGGCCUGCAGUUAGCGGACGAAGGCAGGUACCGCUGCGAGCUGAUCAACGGCAUCGAGGACGAGAGUGUCGAAAUCACCCUGAGGAUAGAAGGAGUUGUGUUUCCAUAUCAGAGUGAGAAGGGUCACUACAAAUUUACUUACCGAGAUGCAAAAGAGGCGUGUGAGAGUCAAGAUGCUACACUGGCAACAUAUCAUCAGCUCUUCAAAGCCUGGACAGAGGGACUGGACUGGUGCAAUGCAGGAUGGCUAAAUGAUGGGACGGUCCACUACCCAAUAAUCCACCCGCGUGAACCCUGCGGAGGGAAGGAACUUCUGCCAGGGAUACGUAGCUAUGGGCCCAGAGACAAGACCCGCGACUAUUUCGAUGCGUUCUGCUUUACCUCCAUAACCAAAGGCAAGGUGUUCUUCAUCAGUGAGAAACUGAGCUUUACGGAAGCGGUACGCAGCUGCGAGGCCCGAGGAGCUCAGCUAGCCCGCGUGGGGCAACUCUACUCAGCCUGGCACUUCCAGAACCUGGACCGCUGUGACGCGGGCUGGCUGGUGGACGGCAGCGUGCGCUUUCCCAUCGCCACCCCCAGAGGGCGCUGUGGGGGCCUGCAGGAGCCCGGCGUUCGCAACUUCGGCUUCCCCAACAAGAGCCAGACCCUCUUUGGGGCCUAUUGCUACCAGUAGAGGGUGGGGGCUACCAGGACAGCCAAUGGUCUCCAAGCUCAGAGGGACUGCUGGACCCAAGAUGCUUUAAAGAGGCUUAUAUGUUGCAGUUCUCUUUCCACGGGCAGUAUGAAUGUUUUCAAAAGAAAUGUAUACACAUCACUAGGUGAAUACGAUUUUAGGUAACGCUUUACAUUAACUGCACCUUCAUAAUGCCUUUAUAAUAUACAUUAAUAGCGAACAUUAUAUGAUUAUAAUGCUUGUUAGUAAUAUAUAUUUUAGGUGUCAGGUAUUGAUCAUUGAAAGUAUUGUGAAAGGUAUACGUUAUGCUGCUUAUGAACGUUCUAUGAAUGCAUUAUAAAGGUAUUAAGAAGGUGCAGUUCAUACAAAGAGUUAUGUGGUUUUGAUUAUAUAUUUUUUACCUUGAUUGGCACUGGUUAAAAAAUCAAGGAUCAUUAAAUAGUACACGUGUUUGUGUAUAUUACCGUACCAGAGAUGAUUAAUGGAAAAUGCCACCUCCCGUCUUCUAAUCGUUUAUUAUGGUCACGGCUAUGGGGGGGGGUCUGUUCCAUGCAGUACAGGACACAAUGCACACCUAAGGUGAGAUGCUACUCCAUCAUGGGACACAUAUUCACACAUACAAUCAUACUCUAUGAAUUUAACUGUAUGUCUUUGUACUGCAGAAAUUCAUGCAAUAUGGGGGGGGGGGCAUAUUCCACACAUACAGCAGAGGCAGAGGUGUGAAUUAUCAUUGCUACCCACUAAGCUCCCCUGCCGACAAUGUAAAUUGCAAAUAAAAGCAAUUUACUAUGGUCAACUGACUUGACUCUACAUGCUGCUACUCCAGUAAAUGAUGUAGACACCAACGCAAAGCAGGAAGAAGAAUUCAAGGAAGUUCAAUUCUCAAUACAUUAAAUACAAUGAAAGCUACAGUAGUAUGAGGAUAACAUUCUGUGUUUUAAGAUUAGCCCUAAAUGUCAUUUUCAGCAUUCUGUCGUCACACGAAGUGUUUGUUACUUGUGAAAGACUUCACGUCUUCAUCAUUAAUUCAUAACAUCCUAAUCCUGCAUUUUUUAGGGCACUAAAAACAGGCAUCUGUUUAAAUGUAUUUCUACGAUGACUUUAGCUCCACCAAAACUGAGACCUGCCAUUUAUGUUUAUACUGCAAAAAAACGUUUUGCUCUUAAAGAGAUCGCCGAACCCUAAAAGCUGUUGUGUUUAGUAUCAUGCUGCUGAGAAUUCCGAAGCCAGUAAAUAACUGAAUUAUCAGCUUAGAAAUGACAGUGAGGCUGUGUUGUUCCUGCUGAAUAUUGAAUGAUAAACUGUCAAAAAUCUC